UUCGCUUUCAGCGUAGUGAAAAAAUCGAAAUUUUCGUGUUCUGAUAGAACGAAUAUAUUUAGAGCUGCGUUUUGAUUCAGUAAUUUACAAAAAGUUGGUCGAAUUCUAGUAAUUAGUAGGAUAUAGCAAUUUAAUAAUUUAAUUGUGCGUAUCGAGCUGCGAGCGAUUUUGCUAUUAGGCUUGAAAAGUUUCUAAAAACAAUAUUUUUGAAUAGUGAUGGACUGAAUCUGUUCUGCGUGAGGUCGUUUUUCCACUGCUAUCAGUGGUUGAACUGCAGAAAAAAAUAUCUAAAUUUUCAGUGGAAGUCAAUAGCCUGGUCCGAAAAUGUAUCAAAGUGCUUGCAGUGCCGCUGCUGGUGGCUGCUCAGAGCCAGAACGAACUGAUCGGGAUGGCUUGAUAUCACAUGAAUCAGCCGUCGCUCCGGUGGAACAUGAUUACAGUGGUUUCGAUAUCGUGAAGGCUACUCAGUACGGUGCCAUCGGACGAGUGAAGGAACUGAUCGAAGCUGGAUGGAACGUGAAUCAACCGGAUAGUGAAACGGUUACGCUGCUACACUGGGCGGCGAUUAAUAACCGGAAAGAUAUAAUCAAAUACUUCCUGGAUAAAGGUGCGAUAGUUGAUGCUGUUGGUGGUGAAUUGAAUGCGACACCAUUACACUGGGCCACUAGACAAGGGCAUUUGGGAGCCGUAGUUUUGCUGCUGGCAGCUGGAGCUGAUCCGAGUUUGAGAGAUGCGGAGGGUUGUUCCUGUAUACAUUUGGCCGCACAGUUUGGCCACACAGCACUGGUCGCCUAUUUUAUUGCUCGCGGUGUGAAUCCAGACCUGCAGGAUCGAGGUGGAAUGACUGCUCUGAUGUGGGCAGCUUGGAAGAUAUCUGCUUUAGAUCCCGUCCGUCUUUUACUAACCCUUGGCGCCAAUCCUAGUCUAGCGGAUCACACUCAUGGAAAUACAGCCUUGCAUUGGGCUAUCCUUGCCCGCAAUGCCACGGCCGUCAGUACGCUAAUGUUGAAGGGCAAAUCAAGUCUCGAAGUUCCCAAUCUUCGAGGUGAUACUCCACUCACUAUGCUACAGCCUCACCUGGGAUCCAUUUGGAUUGGUUCAAAAGUGUCGGAAAGAGUUCGCGAGCUGACCCAACGAUCUCAACGUCGCAACCUGAUCAUCCGUUUUACCUUAGACAAACGUUUCCGCUGGUGGAGCAUGAUCGCAACGCCAUUCUUAGUGUUCUAUUUGGCUGGACUAAUUUUCUGUGCUGAGACGCUAAUUAUCAUCAAAGUAUUUCUACUCGGUUGUUUGUAUGCCGUUUCGCACACAGUCGGGCAAACCCUGUUCGAUGAGACGCUGAUGGCACUGCUUCCCCUGAGCGUUUACAUGGCAACCAAGGCGUGGUUCUAUGUCACUUGGUUGACCUACAUUGCUCCAACGGUGUCCUUCCUGGCUUCGGUUUCGUUCCUGACCUGCAGUGGUGUGCUUUGGUUGUGCUUCCUAAAAUCAUGGCGGGGUGAUCCCGGUGUCAUCCAACCGACCCAGGAACAACGAUUCAGGACGAUAAUUGAACUUUCGGAACGCGGAGGUGGAGGUUUCGAACCGUCAGCAUUCUGUUCCGCCUGUCUGGUGCGCCGUCCGGUUCGCUCGAAGCACUGUUCGGUAUGUGAUCGGUGCGUGGCCCGAUUUGAUCAUCACUGUCCGUGGGUGGGAAAUUGUAUCGGCGCCAAAAAUCAUAAAUACUUUAUGGGAUUUCUCUGGAUGCUGAUGAUCAUGUGCUGCUGGAUGCUGUAUGGUGGAGCAAAUUUUUACGUCCAGGCUUGCAACGUCAAUAUGGACGAAGUGUUGUCAGGUUUGUGGAACGCUAUGGUAGCCAUAGGUUCCUGUAAUCCGUGGGUUGGAUGGGUGACGGCCAAUGCAUUACUACACAUGUCCUGGGUGACUGUUUUGACGAUCUGCCAGACCUAUCAGGUCGUAUGUCUGGGAAUGACAACGAAUGAAAGAAUGAACCGUGGUCGCUAUCGACACUUCCAGGCGAAGGGUGGUAAAAGUCCAUUCUCUCGUGGUCCCAUUCGGAAUCUAGUUGACUUUAUGGAGUGCAGUUGUUUCGGGUUGGUGCAGCCGCAGCAAACCGACUGGAUGCAGUACUUUGACUUCGAUAAGCACGUCGAACACGAACCACUUUUACGGCCGGAUAAUUUUCAGUAUGUCUGAGCGGAAGCGACCCCGAAAUGUUCGGAAAAGGCCAACGAACCCGCGUUCGAUAUUGGGACAGGAAUUGGAACAGGAACUGAAACGGCAAGUGAUCGAAUCAAUGCUCCAGAAUGGACUGAAAAGCAAACUAAUCUAGCGGUUGUUGUUUAAGCAUCGAAAGCUAGCACAGAUGCUUCUGUUUUUGGGUUCGGGCGAUGUUUAUUCUAUCAGUAAUUUGUUGAUCGUAAACAAUCGAUCGACGAUGAGAAAAUUUUAAGCCAUCCUUGGUGGUAUGUGGCUUCCGCUUUAAAGUUUUUUGAUUGUGGUGAAAAUGCUUUAGCUAAACGGUGAAGGAGAAAUCCGGAAAAUGUGCUUAACGAGUGUAGACAUGUAAGCGGUUGAAGCAGAAAGUGGGUGCAGCUGUACAACAAAAAGACACAAAAUAUAUAUAUUUGCUAUAUAAAUAUAUAUUACAAAUGUUAGGGAAUCAGUUAAGCAAUAGAAGAUCAACUAUUAUAUCCCGUUAGAUAGAGAGUAAACGUUUCCAAAUACUAGCUUCAACUUAUGCAAUGUGCGCUCCGUCAUUUACUUUAUCAAGUAGCACUACUUAUCAAGUGUUUAAGAAUAAUAAGCUGUUAGAAAUCUUUCUAAUUGUGUACAGAAUGCUCUUGAAGAAAUAGUUUUACGUAAUGUCAGCCAUUUUUUGGUUGUAAUUUAGGAAUAAUGGUAUUUUACUGAAUUUGAAGUCCGAAUAACAGUCAAUUUGCAUACUAAGUGUAUUUGUUCGAACGAUUGAAGGUUAUUGUGGAUCAUCGCUGGCAAACUAUAUUCGCUUUUUUUCGUUUUAGUUGCAAAGAAGUCUGUGUGGUACGAUCGUUAUCGUUUUGCACCAUUUACUAUUACAUGGGGCAGCUGUUUAAUACACCAUCAAUCGUUAGAAAGUAUACCGUGGAGUAAAUAUUUCUGAACCUUACCUGUUAGGCAUCGUAUUACUGUCUGGAAAUAAGCUUGUGAAUAAAACAAUUAAUCUUUUCCUUGGCUUAGUACGGUAAAACACUCGAAGGACUCACUUACCGAGGAAAACAAGUUUUUUACGAUUGGUGCGAGGUUGUGUAAGAUAUUAGUGGAAAUAUUUCUGUUACUGCGGUAUUCGGAAUAUUUUCCCUCAUUCUUGUUUACGUCCGUAUCCGCAAUACGACGAACGGGUACUUUCGAACGAAUACGAAUAAGCCAUUCUUGUUUUCACUCGAAUGAAUUCGAACGCGACUCGUUUGUCACAAAAUAUUCAAAUAUCAGUAAACUUCUUAAAAUAAAUGCUAAGCCUUGAUGUAAUCAGUCCAAUUCAUGUGAUUAACCAUAUGCGAAACGCUAGAAUGUAUGCCAUUUUAGUUUCAAACGAAACGUGUAUUCGAACAUCAUUCUUACGAACGAAAUGUCCCAUUCCCGUUUACGGACGAAUAGACGAAAUGCCGUGGUUUCGAUUCGUCAGUUUAAUGUUGCGAAUCAACCGUUCGAACACAUUGAAAAAAGUUUAACCGAUCUCUAACAAAUUUUUUUUCGAAUCUAAAGGUGAUUUGUAAUCAAAUCAUAAAUUUGUGUUUUGCAUAAAUCAUUUAGAAAGCAUAGCAGUAUAGUAAAAUGCUGUUUUUUCUGGGGAUCCUUUGAAUAUAUGCGAGGUUCAAAGUUUUUACGCAUCAAUUUUGCAUCUAUUAAGUACUUUAUGGAAAAUACGCCAUGGGUAAACAUGCUUUAUUUUAUAUUAAAUGCAUGAUUUUACCAAUGAAAUAAAUAUGUAGGCUAUCGAAAACAUGACAAAAUUGCAAGAAAAAUGCAACAUAUUUUUCGCAGAUACUACUGAUCGGACUGCUAUUUCAAAUGCUUUUUUUUUACUUCGCACGAAGUUUAAUUUGAAAAUUUCAUUUACCGACUUGAAUAAAAUUGGUCCUGAGUACGAUAUUUAUUUAUUAUGUAGCAUUCAUCACUUCCUUGAUGCUUGGAAUCUUCCUUAAAAACUACCUGCGCUACCGAUCCUUCUUUUGCACAGGAAUCGCGUACGUACACGUUCGAGUGAAAACAAGAAUGGCUUGUUCGCAUUCGUUCGAAAGCAUGUGUUCGUCGUAUGGUCGAUACGGACGUAAGCAAACAUGAUGAUACAAAAUCAGUCAAACAAACAAGUCAAAUAACAAAUGAUAUCAAAGAUUUUUAUUUACAACUCAAAUCUGUACCAGAACUGAUAGUUUAAAGUUGGAUGGCCGUUGUUUUUAUGCAUGUACGAUGUUUAAAAGUGUGAUUGAUUCGAACGUAAACGAGAAUACGAAUUUGCUAUACUUUCGAACGUAUCGCAUACGGCCGUAAACAAGAAUGAGGGUGAUUGUUUAAUCACCGAAUUUGACCUAAAUUUCUUAUUUUACUUCGUUUUACGAACCCUAAUUUCUACCAGCCGCAUUUCAUUGUAGAAUAAUGUUUACCGAAUACCUACUAGCAGAUCACAGGUCACACUUUGAGAAACUGCUCAAUCGAGAAAACAUUCCGUCAAAUACAUGUUGAAUGUUAGAAAAGUAAAUAAAUACAAAUUUAUACUUCGAAAGUAACAACAAAACGUUUGGAACCAUUGCCAUUUUUAAUUUCCAACCGCAAUACAACAAAAAAUAGACAAAAAAAAACACUUGAAACCGGCAGCAUCAUGCGACAAUCAAUAGACUGGUUUGAUUUAUUUUAGCAAACAAUAGGUGGUUUCAAACGGAUCACGAACAGCUGAGAGGAGGAAUGUGCAUUUACUUGUACUACUGCUGUAACAGUGCAAUCCAGAUAGCGAAAACAGGACGACGAAGAUAAAACCAGCGUUAUAAGUUCGAUGUUAUUUACAGUCUAGUCAUAUAUAAGUUUAACAACCGAUGCAAAGUGUUACGUGCUGGGCAUAUAAAUGCAGAUAAAUUAAAGUCAGAUCGAUGAAGCUAAUGUAUGUUAUUAAGGGCAGAACCCAACAAGGAUACCCACCAUUUUGCGACGAUAAAACUACGUAAGAUCGAAACAUUUUAAAUUUACUGUUAUGAUCAAUAUCAAAUCAAAUGUACGAUCGAAAAGAAUGCCGCUAACACGAUGAAAACUACCAUGUAAAAUCAUAAUCUUUACAAUUAGAUGUAAUACAUACUUAAUGAACAAAUUUAUUACAAACUAAUAAAAGAAACUAUUAUGUAAUUCAAAAUGCAAGGUUCUACAUCUAUUCGCACAGUGAUUGCACACGCGCAUGUGUAUAAAAAGGUUGAAUAAAAAUCAAAAUAAAA